AUGGCAGCAGCUAAUCUACUUCCAGUAAAAGAAUACUUCUCUCUUACUUCUUCCCAUUUUUUAGUUCCUUGUACCAAAUCUUCAUCGAUACUUUUCGAUUGUUUUAUAAUGGUUUGCAUGUACAUUGUAAUUUUAAUGAUUCUUGUUGUAAUGAGGUUUGGGGUUUAUGAAUUACUUCGUCUAUUGUUUCCAAAACUGCCUCACCAAGAUUUUGAGUGA